CAACCACUGCAACUAAAACAACAACAACAAACCAACCGAUAACAACUUCAAAUUCAAAAAAAUAAAUAGAACAAAUAAUACGACUAAAAAUAAUAAGGAAAACUGUAACCAUAAAAAAAACCUAAUUAAACGAAAUAAACCGAGAAAUAAAUCAAAGCGCAACAAAUAACAAAUAACACAACCAAAAGGAAGCAGCCAACUAACCAGGCAAACAAAUCAAUGCAAACAAACGAAAAUAGACACACGAAAUAGCCAACAAAACCCAACAAGAAGCAGCAACAGCAGAAGAACAAAACAGCCGAAACAAACGAAAAUAGCAACCCAAGCCAGCACAAAACCAAUCGAAGCAGAAUCACAACCACAACCAGAAAUAGCCUUACAACCCGCCUCCAAACCAAGCCAAUAGCAGAAUUCAACAUAUACAACCGAUAACCAAAUCCGAUAACAGGAUAACAAAUAGAAAAUAGAGCAACGAAACAAACAGCAACAGCAAAAGCAAAGGAAAAUGCAACAGCAAAAGUGAAAACUAAAAUUCAAAAUCAAAAGCCAAGCAAACAAAAAAUAAAUACAAAAACGGAAAUAGCCAAAAUUUGUUAAAUUUAUUUUGUGUGUUUUCAAUGGGAAAAAAGCAAAACAGUAACUAAAACAUAACGGAAAUAAAUAUAGUCAAAAACAUUUGUCGUUUAACAAAUUGAACUCUUGCGUUUGCUUAUUAACAUAUUCGCCUUAGUCCUUAAAUUUUAUGUUCGUCAAAAAAGCGGUCGAGAAAAUGUUCUUAAAAAGUUUGAAUAAUCGAGCUGAAUAACACUUUAUAAACUUUGAGAGGUGAAGCAAUAAAAAAAAAGGAAGCGGCGAAAACCAUUUCGCUGGUGGAGAGCAGCAAACUGUAGAAACAGUUUUGUGCCAAAGUUGCGCAAUCACAAGUGUACAUUUGUGUAUGUGUAUGUCGAACGCGUCAGUGUUAGGAGCUCACGUUGUACCGAGGAGAAGAUAAAUCGGAUCGAAAAACAUCUCUAUACAAUAUCAAUAUAUACCCAUAUACAAAUUAUCUAAAAUUGUUCAUAUCGUGGCAAAAGUCAAGUAUGAUUAUGAUCUAAAGGCAUGAAAAAUCCGUUUUCGAGAGCAUUUCGUACUUACAAGAAAUUAACCUAACACUAGUAGUGAGAAAACGAUAUACAAAAACCAAAUUCCAUUCAGAUGGGAGGAACGAUCUAGGCUAAACAUCAAAUUAUACUACUAUAAAAAUAAAAAACAAGUUUUUGACGAUCUUAAAAGUAGAGGGAAGAAGUAUUUCUGAUUUAAGCUAACAAUUCCCAUGCACCCAUAGGCAUCGUAGCAAAAGAAAACCUUCGAAGGGAGUCACUUUGCAUGUUAAUUUGUUGAACCAAAGGAAAUUCGCAUCAAUUAAAAUAUCUUUGAAACCAAUUUUAAACCAACAAAGGAGAGGGUAACAUUUUAUUUUAAAGAAAAAAAAAGUUUAUAAACUUAAUUAAAUAAAUGAAACACUUAAGAAGAAAGGAAUUUAAAAUUGAAUCAACAUGAAAAGAAACAAAUAACCAGCAGAUACCACAUUGGCGAUAAGCCCCACAUAGAAAAUCAAGAAACCCCUUUAUAAUGUGCAUCAUAAGUGAUUAAAGGGAGACUUUGAAAUAGUUUAAAACGCCAUUAGAGUCACAGGCACAAUCAACUAAUAACCUGAGAAAGCAGAAGCCCUUCCCUGAUCACUUACCAAUUGAACAGUGAAUCAAGCAAUGGCCAUCAACUUUUCGGCUUCCUUUGCGGCUUGCAUAGCAGCCGGAUUGAAGGUGCCGCGCCAGAUUAUGUACUGCAUCACCCAGGACACGGGCCAGCCAUACGUGCUCUACAAGGACUCGCAGGACGCUGAACGGAACCCCGGUGCCAUAGGUGCCAGUCCCGCCCAGUGGGGCAGCGAGAUGUACCCCAACAUCCAGCAGCAGGCCCAGCAGCACCUAACCGCCCAGCAACAACAGCAGCAGAACGCGGCGCAGGCAGCGGCCCAGGCGGCAGCUGUGGCCGCGGCAGCGGGACAGCCCCAAAGUCCGCCGGUAGGCGGACAGGAGGCCCGCGACAACGGCAGCGGCGAUGGCCGCCAGCAACAGGUGUCGCCCUCCUCAAGUCCGUAUCCUUCGGUCCAGCAGCAGCAGCGAACAAACGGGGCUGGCGACGAGGACCCCAUGAACCACCAGCUCGCCAACCAGCAAAACCCCACUCCCAAUCAAAACCAAAGCAGCAAUGACCCCCAGCACUCGGGAUCCAACGCGGGCGAGUCGGGCAACCCGCACGUCCAGCAGAAUGGCGGAACGCAAGGCGACCCCGCCAACAGUUUUCAGACUCCGGACUAUUAUGCCCCCCGCCACGCGGCACCGCAAGGAGGGAUGCUGGCACCGCCUGGCUUCCCGCCGCUUCAUUAUCUCAACAAGGGCGUUUUGCCAAUAGAACAGUCUGGCGGAGGCGGCGGAGGCGGCGGGGGCGGAGGGGGUGAGGCCUACGCGCUUCCCGAACUGCUUCCGACGCAGCAGAACGGUCAGCAGAACGCCGGACCGGCGAACACCAAUGCCAAUGAAGGCGGUGCGGGAGCCAACGGGAGCGGAGUAGGCGGUGCCACGGGAGUGGGAUCGGUGGGCGUGACAAGCGGCGGAAGGACGGGCAACGGACCAGGACGCCCGCACAAGAACAAGCCUCACAGCGACCUACGGCUGUUCAAGUGCCUAACCUGCGGCAAGGACUUCAAGCAGAAGAGCACGUUGCUACAGCAUGACCGCAUCCACACGGACGCACGUCCCUUCCCGUGCUCCGAGUGCGGCAAGCGCUUUCGCCAGCAAUCGCACCUUACACAGCAUUUGCGCAUCCACGCCAACGAAAAGCCCUUCACCUGCCCAUAUUGCUCGCGCAGCUUCCGGCAGCGCGCCAUUCUCAACCAGCACAUACGCAUCCAUUCGGGUGAGAAGCCCUUCGCCUGCCCCGAGUGCGGCAAGCACUUUCGCCAGAAAGCCAUCCUCAAUCAGCAUGUGCGCACCCACCAAGACGUCUCGCCACACCUUAUUUUCAAGAACGGGCCGCACCCGACCCUGUGGCCCUCGGAUGUACCCUUCCCUGGCGAGGACAACGACACAAAGGGGGAUAUCGCCGGCACGGGCGGCGGCUACCACGACGAGGACUCCCAAGGAACACCUGAUGGCAGCGGUGGCAUGCACUACCCCUCUUACUUCAAGGACGGCAAGGAUCCUCGCACAGGCCAAAAGAUACUGCCCGAGGUGCUGCAGCAUAUCGGUGUGAGACCGGCAAAUAUGCCGCUCUACGUACGGUGCCCCAUCUGCGACAAGGAGUUUAAGCAAAAGACGACGCUGUUGCAGCACGGUUGCAUCCACAUCGAGUCACGGCCGUACCCCUGCCCGGAGUGCGGGAAGCGUUUUCGACAGCAGUCGCAUCUCACGCAGCACCUGCGCAUCCACACCAACGAGAAGCCCUUCGGCUGCAUGUACUGUCCACGCUUCUUCCGCCAGCGGACUAUUCUCAAUCAGCACUUGCGUAUUCAUACCGGCGAGAAACCGUACAAAUGCGGUCAGUGCGGCAAGGACUUCCGUCAGAAGGCCAUCCUGGACCAACACACGCGCACCCACCAGGUAGGUGAUCGUCCAUUCUGUUGUCCGAUGCCCAAUUGCCGUCGGCGCUUUGCUACGGAGAACGAGGUUACGAAGCACAUCGACAACCACAUGAACCCCAACACCACAAAGGUGCGCCGACAGCAACAGCAACAGCAGCAGCACCAACAGCAGCAGCAGCAACAACAGCAACAGCAGCAGCAGAACAACGCUGUUACCCAGGUGGCCAAUCACCUAAUGAACGACGCCAAGAGCCUGGCGGCCCAGCAGUUCCUCAACAACAAUAACCCGUCGACAGUAGACAACAAGGCCAACAUCCUUCCGGUGCGCAGUAUAGCAUCCAACACUGCGGCAGCUGCGGUUGUGCAGCAGUCGGUGGUAAAGAACGAGCUCUAUUUUCCGCAGUGCUACGGACCACCCUUUCAGCAUCCCUUCCAGGCACAACAGCAGCAGGCCCAGCAGCCAAGCGUGGCCCACGCAAACGGAGGACCCACUCCGCCCGUAACCGUGACGGUGGCCAAUUCGGUGGCAUCUGGCGUGGUGGUUCAGCAGAAUGGCUCUGCCUCUGUGGUAGCCCAGUGACAUCCCACCACUGCAGCAACUGGGGCACAACAACAGCAGCAACAGCAGCCGUCGGCACCGCAGCAGCAACACCAUCCGCCGCCACCUCCGCCCACGUCGUCCGCGCAUCAUAUUGCAGCAGCGGCCGCCGCUGUCACCGCGGUCACGCCCUCAUCCGCCCACGGCUCACCAGUUGCGGCGCCACAGACUGUGACGCUCUCGAUCACGCUGCCGCCGCCACCGGCCCCUCAUACGGUCCAUCCGGGUCACCCAGGCCAUCCAGGCCACUCGGGCGUAGCUAACGGAGUAGCGCCUCCGCCGCCAACUCUAUCACACGCGAUUCCCAUUCAUCCACACAUACACUCUAUAUUCGGAUCUCUAUGAUGUCAUCAGUAAGAGAGACAAGAGCAGGAGGCAGGAAUUCAAAGUUGAGGAACACAAACUAUUCACCAUAUUUCAUAGGUUCGAUUAGUUCUUUAGUAUUAGACGCAAAAUAAAUUCUCCUAGUUUUUAAAACUAAUCUUAAAACCACAAAAUACAGUUUGGUAAUGGCAAACAAACGAACCGAGAGGAGCUGAACAGAACGCAAACAGGACGAGUACUAGUCUUUUUGAAAAGGACUCUAAACUCCUUUGAUAUAAACCAUGAACAUGAAAUGCAAAUGGUCAAUGUGUAUGAGAAGUAAUGAGCAGAAUAAAGGAGAAACGAGAGC